GGAGGCUUUUCUCCUCCGUUCAUUGAGUCGUUUCGACCAAGGAUGUUCGAAGCAAGUGCUUUUCAUUUUGUCUUGAAGUCCUGGUAUUGCAGUUCUUAUGGUUGAAUUUAUACCAAGGCCUUCCCCAAGACCUGAUGCAUUGUUUUUCGACAUUCUAUCAUUCAUAAACUUGUGAACAUUUUCCUUCACUCUUCUCUACUCUCUCUAUUAAUUACUAUCACGAGCAGGCCCUCGACAACUGGCUACGUUACUACUCAAAUCAACUCACGAUCAUUACACAAGCCAAGACAACUUUGAUAGUUUAAUUCUUCUCCGCAGCGCGGCUUAUAUAUCAUUCUUUCAUAUACAUCUCGUAUCUACACGGCAUUCCGUCCUUAUAUCCUAAUAUAUUCAUCAUGAGAUCCUCAGUCAUCGCAGCAUUAUGUGCAGCACCAUUGGCAUUGGCCGGUAAUCUUCAACAUGACUUGGCUGGACGGGGAAUAAUUACACCAGAACUCGCUGAGAGAUCAUCAGAGCUCGUUAUCAAUAAGAAGGAGAUCACAAUUGUACAGGCUAAGAGUGAGGAAAUCAUUAUUAUCUGGACCAACGACGGCAAUGGAGCUGCAACUAAAACGGUGACCGAAACGAAGACUGUCGGUCAAGUAGCUGGCGCAACAGCAGCAGCAGCAGCACAAACAACACAUACCGUUGUAGUUGGAGGCGCCGCUGGAAAGGUAUAUACACCCGAGUCGGUCAAUGCUGCUGUAGGGGAUAUGAUCGUGUUCAAUUUUGAAAUGGCAAAUCAUACCCUCACUCAAUCAGCUUUCACAUCACCUUGUGAAAAGUUGGCUACCGGUGGAAUGGAUAGUGGUUUUAUACCCAAUGUAAAAAAUGCCAUAAGUCCACCUCCAGCAAUGGCUAUACAAGUCAUGGUUGACACUCCUCAAUGGUUUUACUGUCGUCAAGCUGGCCACUGCGGUUCAGGAAUGGUUUUCAGUAUCAAUCCGACUGCUAAUAAAACUCAAGCACAGUUCAAGGCAAUGGCCGUGGCACAAAAUGGCACUGGAAGUCAGAGUGCCAUUCAAGGAGGAACCCCUGCUGGCGCUGCCGGUAGCGGAACCCCUCCAAGUGCUGUUGCUUCAGCUGGCGUUGCAGCUGCUACCGCGACAGUUGCUUCUGGGACUGGAACAGUUGGCGCUGAUGGAGCAUGCUCAUGUAGUUGUCUUUGUGGACAAGCUGCGUUCCCAAAUGCUGCUGUACAAGGAGUUGGAAUGUUUGGUGGGGUUUCUGGUGCAAUGCCCAUGUCUUUACUAGAAAAAUAGAUGAACGAACGAAUGAAUGAAUGAAUGAAUGAGGGAUGAAAUCAUCGCCUCUUCUUCUUCUUCUUUCUCUUCGUGGUAUGGAUUAACUAAACGCAUAAUGUCAAGAUGGAGAGAAAUAUGAGCUUUCUUUUUUACGAUAUGAUGGAAAUAGCAGUCGCCCAUAAGAGGCUUGACGCUUAGGAUAGGGAUAUGGGAGAACUUCAUGUAUAUGACUGGAUCGUAUGUUGGAUUGGAGUUGUUAGAUGUGCGAUGAAGGGAGGAUGAAUUGCCGUGAUAUGUCUUAAUAAUAGUUAUCUUUUUAUAAUGCUCUUCCAUAAAUGAAUGAACACAUAUUUUAUCA